AUGGGAAGGAAUUUUUGGGCUAUAAAAAAGGCACCUCUGAGCUUUUCUGCACUUCUCCUCCCCCUGAGGAUUCAGCUGCAGGCUUACGAAAGGGUUAAUACCGGUGUGACGAGAUCUUCGAGAAUGCUCCUGCUUAGGUUCCUCCUGCUUUCUUUGCUGACUGUUCUGCUGCUUAGGGCCGCUCAGUGCACAAAGAUCAUCUGCAAAGACAGCUGCUGCUCCUUCGUUGAGGGAUUUCCAGUCAGAUUGAAAGCACUUCGUUCUUCAUACGCCGUGAUCCGAGACUACUAUGAAGGCAAGGAUGACCUGGACACCUCAUUAUUCAACAGGACAGUUCUUGACCACUUCAAAACCCCUUACGGAUGCAGUGUCAUGAACGACAUUCUGCAUUUCUACUUGGAGACAGUGUUGCCCAAUGCCAUCAGCGGGCACAUGAACGGAAAGAAUUUCAGAACGCCCAUCGACACCAUCGGAAGCUUAUUUCAAGAGCUCAAGAGGGAGCUGGUCAAAUGUAGGAGUUACUUCACAUGCCGGAAACCUUUUGAAAUCUCCAGCGUCAAGAACUCCUACCAUCAAAUGGGAGGAAAAGGCCUGUACAAAGCCAUGGGAGAGCUGGACAUGUUGUUCAACUACAUUGAAGAUUAUGUAGCAUCUCAGAGACAUAAACGCUGAAUGAAUGGGGAUAAGGACACACUUGAUAAGCCAACGGGACCCCUAUUUGAAUAGUGUGGAAACAAGUCUGGAGCAUAAUAUAUAUGGAUAUAUAAAUAUCUGCAUGCACAAAUAUUUAUUUGUUACUACUUUUAAAAAAAAAAAAAAAAAAAAAAAAAAAACCAAA